GUCGGUGGGAGCAAGGGUGGGGCUCCUAUGCCCUGGUGGUUGGCAGGGGGGCUGUUGGGAGUAAAAGGAAGCAGGGGAGAGGGGCCAGGAGGGGCAGCCGCGGAGGUCCAAGGGGGAACAAGGCAGGGACCGGCAUCACACGGGAGGUGGCAGCAAGAAAAGAUUCAGAGCAGGGUCCUGCUCCUGACCACCUGUGCGGCUGGCAUUGGUGGGACUUUUCAAUUUGGCUACAAUCUCUCCAUCAUCAAUGCCCCGACUUUGCCCAUUCAGGAAUUCAUCAAUGAGACAUGGUCGCUGCGGACGGGCCGGCCACUGUCCGACCACCUGGUUCUGUUUGUGUGGUCCCUCAUUGUGUCUCUGUACCCUCUGGGGGGCCUCUUUGGAGCCUUGCUUGCCGGGCCCCUGGCUGUCCUGCUGGGAAGGAAGAAGUCCCUCCUGGUGAAUAAUGUCUUUGUGGUGGCUGCAGCCACCUUGUUUGGCUUCAGCCGCCGAGCAGGCUCCUUUGAGAUGAUCGUGCUGGGCAGGCUGCUCAUGGGAGUCAGUGCAGGCUUGAGCAUGAAUGUCCAGCCUAUGUACCUGGGGGAAAGUGCUCCCAAGGAACUCCGAGGAGCUGUGGCCAUGACCCCAGCCAUCUUCACUGCCCUGGGGAUCGUGAUAGGUCAGGUGGUCGGACUCAGGGAGCUCCUGGGUGACCCAGGGGCCUGGCCCCUGCUGCUGGCCAGCUGCCUGGUGCCUGGGCUGCUCCAGCUUGCCUCCCUCCCUCUGCUCCCUGAGAGCCCACGCUACCUACUCAUUGACCGUGGAGACACUGAGGCCUGCCUGGCAGCCCUGCAGCGGCUGCGGGGCACUGCAGACGUGGCCGGGGAGCUGGCGGAGCUGGAGGAGGAGCGGGUCGCCUGCCAGGGCCAGCGCGCCCGGCGCCCAUGGGAGCUGUUCCAGGAUCACGGCCUGCGGAGGCAGGUGACGAGCCUCGUGGUGCUGGGCAGUGCCGUGGAGCUCUGCGGGAACGACUCGGUGUACGCAUACGCCUCCUCAGUGUUCAGGGCAGCGGGGAUCCCCGAGGGGAAGGUCCAGUACGCAGUCUUGGGGACUGGGAGCUGCGAGCUGCUUGCAGCCUGCCUCAGUUGUGUGCUGAUUGAGAGGUCGGGCCGCCGUGUGCUGCUGAUAGGAGGGUACUGCCUGAUGACCUGCUGGGGAAGUAUUUUCACUGUGGCCCUAUGCCUGCAGAGCUCCUUCUCCUGGAUGCCCUACUUGGCCAUGUCCUGCAUCUUUGCCUUCGUCCUCAGCUUUGGCAUUGGCCCUGGUGACAGCGUCUCAGAAACUCCCCACUGUCCCACUUGCCCUGUCUGGAACUUCUAUAAGUGUCCUUCUUGCCUCAGCAAUGUCUCCUCCUCCGCCAGUGUCUCAGUUUCAGCGGAUGCGUACACAGGCAGACCUUGAGGCAGUAUUGGAUUCCGACCCACAGAUUUCUUUACGGAGACCAGGUCACCCCAGCCUCCAAGUCCUUCUAGCAACCGCAUGAGGAACCCCAGGUUGCCUUUGGGCCCGUGUUCCAUAUCCUCUGCCAGUUCGGCUUCCAGCCCUCCCUGGCCAGUGGCACCUCCCACUAUUGCUCCUAGAGGACGAUGCCCUGAUUGUGACAGAGGCUGAAAUCACACUCCCGGUAGGGGGUGCCACCACCAGUGAGUGGUCACAGCAGCCCUGGAGUUAUCCUCCUAGCAGGGCUGUCCCCAAGGCUGCCACCCCCCCACACACACACACAUGCGCGCGUGCGCACACACACACACACACACACACACACACACACACACAAACAGAG